AUGGCCAGCAGUGAGCUAAUGUCCGUUUGUUCAGUGGGAGGCAAUCCCGUCUCGGCGUUCCUAUCAUGGAGGCUCCAGGCCACCAACGCGUGUGAUGUGACGCUCGUUUGGAAGUCUGGUUACGAGCAUGUGGCACAGUACGGUAUCUCGUUUAAAUCCCCAAUAUUUGGCAACGAGAGAUUCAAGCCUAGACAUGUUGUUCGAAAUCCCGAGGACGCCGCGAGCGCUCGAGACGGCCCAUUCGAUUAUGUUGUACUCUGCGUCAAGGCGUUACCCGAUGUCUACGAUCUCGCCUCAGUCAUUGACUCCGUCGUGACCCCCCAGCAUACAUGCAUCAUCGUCAACACAACACAUACUCUCGGAGUCGAAGCUGCUUUGGAGGAGCGAUUUCCUACCAAUGUGGUCCUAUCACUUGUUUCAGGUGCUGAGCUCACACAACUCGGCCAGAGUGAAUUUGAACAUAAGGGCCCAGCAGAUAUCUGGAUUGGUCCUGCUAAUAACCCGAACAAUAUCCCACAAACCAUCCAGGAAGACAUGGCACAGGCCUUAGCCAUGACACUGAGUUCUGGUCAAGUGGAAUGCAAAGUCUCACCAAAUAUCCGCCAGCAACAAUACGAGAGAGUGAUAGGGCCUAUUGCGUUCCAUCCGAUUAGCGUUAUCUUCGAAACUCCCAGCCAUGCCUCGCUCUUGGAAAAGGUUGGCGUUAGGGACAUGGUAUCGGAGGUCAUUGACGAGCUGCUUCGUCUAGCUGAUGCUAACGGAUGCAAAUUUGAUCCCAAUUUCAAGCAGAAGACGAUCGAUGAGAUGUCCAAGGCUUCCGGAGAGAGCAUAAUGUGGCAGGAUUACGUUGCUCGAAGACCUAUGGAGGUUGAGACGUACCUUGGAUCGCCUGUCAAACUGGCUAGAGACUCGAAUAUUUCCCUUCCUCGUAUCGAGACACUUUACUCGAUUCUUCAUAACCUUAACCUGGUCAACCGCAGCAGACCCAAACCUGGCGACCCGAACGCGAAUAUCAUACCACCCGCCUCGCCCUCCGCGGCACCUGUGCCUCGAAUGCCUUCACAAAACAGCCAUCGACCCAUGAUGAACGGUAUGCCCAACGGAAAUGGUAUGCCCCCUCGCCAGCCCAGACCUCGGAACUCUUCCAACUUCAGCCAAGGCGGCAUGCGCCGUGGACCGCCCCCGAUGAACGGUGGACCACCCAAUGGUUAUGGUCGACCUCCUCCGAUGAACGGUCCUGGAUCUCGUCAAGCUUCAAGGAGAGGCUCGUUAGAGGAGACUAAUCUGGAGGAAUUCUCUCAUCUCGUUCUUUAUGAUGAUAUUCCCGAAGGUUCCGAGCCAUCCGUUAGUGGUGACCCUGCAGACAUUAAUCUAAGAGAACGAGAGUUGGCUUUACGGCAGCGUGAAAUGGCAAUUCGCGAGCAAGAAAUCCGAAUGCGUCGCGGACCGCCACCUGGCCCUCCCGGAGGCCCCGGACCUCGUCGUGGCCCUCAUCCUAUGCGCAACAGCAAGCAGGUGUUCGACGAAGACGAUGAUGACGAUGACGAUUACUUUGACCCUACUGCCAACCCUGGUCCUCCGCUGAUCGAUCCAGACAAUUUCGAUAUGAUGAGUGUUACAUCAAGAAAGAACCGAAAGGCUCCAGGACCAAGCCCUGGCCAGUUUCGCCGUAACCCCGAUGACAUGCCGCCUCCUACACGAGGCGGCCGAUUCAGGCCCAAUUUCGGCCGCAAUCGAUCUUCCCAAGUCGGUCACAGCUCCAUGACUUCUGAAAACAUCCUGGAAGACCCCCCAAACUCACUAACAGCGUCAAGGCUUGACGAGAUGCAGUACGGCCCAGGUCCCGGUGGACCCCCCGGGAUGAAUGGUGCCUAUCCCCGGCGCGCCAGCCAGUCUCCCGGGAAUCCUUAUACUCCAUCUAUGCGAGGCGGUAGCCGACGGGGAUCACCUCCGGGUGGUUACGGUCCAGGCCCAGGCAUGAAUGGCCGACCAUCACCCCCAGAUGGUGUUCGCCAACCUGUCCCUCGUCACCCACCUGGUCACGGUAACUCAGUAGCACCACAGCAAGUUGAACAACAUAUUGGGGUGAGCGCCCUCCACCAAACUAAGCCUAGGAAUGUUCGCAGUCUGACGGGUAGUGCGAGCGCCAGCGCGGGCAGUGGUGAAUUUGAUUCCGAGCAGUCUGCAAACAGCAGUCAAGGCAGCUUGCCUCCACGACCACCAAUCGGUGUGCGUUAG